CCAAACGCUCCACUAUAAAAACCUCUUUUAACCCUCCAGGGUUUCAUUUUACACACACUAAACACACACACAUUUUCACACACAAAAUCAACAGCAAUGGCGAGCAGCGAAGCAGAGCGCAAAGUAGAGAAAGAGGUCGUCGCCGAUAAGGAAGAAGAAGACAACGCCGCCGCCGCCGCCGAAGACGAGGAUACCGGUGCUCAGGUCGCUCCGAUCGUCCGCUUAGAAGAGGUCGCCGUCACUACCGGUGAAGAAAAUGAAGAAGCUAUUCUCGAUCUUAAGUCGAAGCUGUAUAGAUUCGAUAAAGACGGAAACCAGUGGAAAGAGAGGGGUGCUGGUACUGUGAAGUUUUUGAAGCACAAGGAGACGGGAAAGGUUCGAUUGGUUAUGCGCCAAUCAAAGACUCUCAAGAUCUGUGCUAAUCAUCUAGUUGUGGCUGGUAUGACUGUUCAAGAACAUGCUGGGAAUGAGAAGUCGUGUGUUUGGCAUGCUACUGAUUUUGCUGAUGGUGAACUUAAGGAUGAGCUGUUCUGCAUCAGAUUUGGAUCCAUUGAGAAUUGCAAGCUUUUUAUGGAAACAUUCCAAGAGGUUGCCGAAUCCCAAGGGAAGAAAGAAGAAAGUGAGGGGACUGGUGCAGCUGCUGAGCUACUUGAGAAGUUGAGUGUGGAAGAGAAGAAAGAUGAAAAGAAAGCAGAGGAAGAUGUGACUGCUGCAACCACCAAGGAUGCCAAGGAGCCUGAGAAGGCAGAGUCAAAAAAGGAAGAAUGAGGAACUGGGCUCCAGACCUCGAGAGAUGUCUACAGUCUAGAUUACGUCCUUUCAGUUUGCCGAGGUUGAUAUUUUUGCCUCAGUAGCUACCUGCCCGUCUAUUGCAUGUUCAGCCUGGUAAAUUUGCAAUAGAUUGUUAUUAGUGGGUAGGAAUGGUGUGGAUGUGUCGGUCUGUCAUUGAAUUUGCCACCUUUGAUCCAAACUUAAGGUCAUGCAUUCAAUUUAUAGGGUCUAUCAUAUUUUGAGUCUGGUUUUGUCCUGGUGUGAGUUACAUGUCAAUGAAUGAUACGUAAAAACCUUAAAGCUGCUGCAGAGUUUUUGGUCGGACACAAUUCUUGAUUUUGCAGCUUCGAGAUUUAUCUUAUAUUGAGUCUGUUUUGCCCCA